AUACAUCUCCUGUUGGUGGUCACCCUCAUCGCCCUCAACCCGCAAAUGCUGGUGGAUGCAAACUCGUGGUGGUCGUUAGCUAUGAACCCCAUUCAGAGACCGGAGAUGUACAUCAUCGGUGCGCAACCUCUGUGCAGCCAACUUACGGGUCUGUCCCAGGGCCAGAGGAAACUUUGUCAGCUUUACCAGGACCAUAUGGUAUACAUCGGAGAGGGGGCAAAGACUGGUAUUAAGGAAUGCCAGUAUCAGUUUAGACAGCGGCGAUGGAACUGCAGCACUGUUGACAAUACUUCAGUUUUCGGUCGUGUCAUGCAUAUAGGCAGCAGAGAGACGGCGUUCACUUAUGCCAUCAGUGCGGCAGGUGUGGUUAACGCCGUCAGUCGAGCGUGCCGUGAGGGUGAGCUCUCUACCUGUGGUUGUAGCCGGGCCGCGCGACCCCGUGACCUCCCUCGUGAUUGGCUGUGGGGUGGCUGCGGGGACAACGUUAACUACGGCUACCGUUUUGCCCGGGAGUUUGUGGAUGCACGUGAACGAGAGAAGAACUACCCGCGAGGAUCGGUGGAGCAUGCGCGCACACUGAUGAACCUGCAGAACAAUGAGGCAGGACGACAGGCGGUGUACAAUCUGGCUAACGUGGCAUGCAAAUGUCACGGCGUGUCAGGAUCAUGCAGUCUGAAGACAUGUUGGCUGCAGCUGGCUGAUUUCCGCCGUGUUGGCGAGUUUCUGAAGGAGAAGUACGACAGCGCCGCCGCAAUGCGCAUCGGCCGCAGGGGCAAACUGGAACAAGUCAACAACCGCUUCAAUCCCCCUACCCCAGAGGACCUGGUCUACAUCGACCCCAGUCCAGAUUAUUGUCUACGCAAUGAGACCACAGGAUCCCUGGGCACGCAGGGCCGGCUCUGCAACAAGACCUCGGAGGGAAUGGAUGGAUGCGAGCUCAUGUGCUGCGGCCGUGGCUACGACCAGUUUAAGACCUACAAGCACGAGCGCUGCCACUGCAAGUUCCACUGGUGCUGCUACGUCAAGUGCAAGCGCUGCACCUCCCUCGUAGACCAGUUUGUCUGCAAGUAG